ACGUCACCCCCAUUCAAAACAAGCCCAGACACACACCGACCGAGGAGCGAUCGCCGGAGUGGACAGACGAUGCAACACGGCUUUACUCAUCCGACCCAGACAACCUGUGGACCGGGCAGAGAGAGAGUUGAAGAGCAACACAUCAACACAUAGAACACAUCAACGCCGAGCCGAGCCGAGCCGAGCCGAGUCAUAGCGCUCUCUUGUUCCUCAAAUACUCAUCAUCAGACUACCUGUCAUUCACGUUAUCGCUGCAGACUUCUGGACAUGACUCUGGAGGAUAAACUGACAACAGCCGCAGCGACGGGUAACACGGCCGAGGUGGAGGAUCUGCUGCGGGCUGGAGCUCCAGUUAACGGGCUGAACUGUUAUGGACGCACCGCUCUGCAGGUGAUGAUGAUGGGCAGCUCUCCGGUGGCUCAGGUCCUACUGACCCACGGAGCGGAUCCCUCCGUGACGGACGGAAGCACCGGAGCCACGCCGCUGCACGACGCGGCCAGGACUGGCUUCCUGGACACGGUGCGGCUGCUGGUGCAAUUCCUGGCUGACCCGCAGGCCAAGGACAAUACUAACAAUCGGCCUAUCGAUCUGGCCAGAGACAGCGGCCAUACAGAUGUGGUGGAUUUCCUCCAGGCUCUGUGAGAGAGAGGCGCUGUGGUAUUUAUAUUUAUGUGUUGAAUGAGGACUCAUGAGGACCAGGGCCUGCAGAGGCCUGCAGCAGAUACUGUACUAUAUGCAUAUAGACUGGUUGGCUGUAAAAACAUGUUUUUUUAUUUAUUUGUCAGAUCUCUUGCAGAUAAACAUUUUAUUUUUAACGAAAUCAGGGCUAUCGAUGGGUGUAGGGUCGCUGUUUUGACAAAUAAUAAAUAGCCUACAAUCUAGUUGUACAGAUCUAUAAAGCUAUGCUAUUCGGGAUAUUCAGUUUACAACAUUAAUACAAGUUGUUGUAGAUUUAUCUUCCGUUUUUAUAAUGGAAAUGUUCCGAUUAGCCUAUAGAAUCCCACUUUACAGUUUUACUACAUGUGAUCAGUGAAUUGUAUUUUUAAAAUAGGAUUGUUUUUUUUAGUCAUAAACCAUAAAAAGAUUGACGCAUUUUGAAUAUCUUUCCAUGUCAAAUAUUCAACCAAAGCCAUUCAAAAAUGUUUUUGCACAUUGAACAUUAGUGUCUAACUGAUGCACUAUUCUGUAAGCAUUAUCUUUAUUCUGCAGAGACUUCCUGUUUUGUAAAAAAAAAUGAUAUUCAGAACUCGCUUAUUAUGCACUUUAAUAAAAUGUCAGAUUUAUUUAAAGAGUUUUAAGGUGUGAAGAAGAUCAGUAGUAAUAUGGUUAUGCUUCUCAUAUUGUCUGAAGGAUGGGUUACUGAAAGGUACCAUAAUAAUAAUAAACAAUCAAGCAAUGGUUAUUUGA